UUCCUUUUUCCCCGGUCUUACCGGGCGAUUUCUUGCUGUCGGGCUGAGCUUGGUUGGUGGAGCCACGUGGGUAGGAAGCGGAGCUUGCUCGACGAGGGUCGGAAUCGGCGCGGGGGAGCUUUUGCUGCUGUUGCUGUUGCCGCCGCCGCGUACUUCUCUCGGCCCGGGACGGCCCAAGGAGUGCUGUUGGACGCAGUUAUGAAUAGUGCAGCAGCUGCGAAGCUUCGCUCUUGUAAUGGGCUGUUUGCAGUGUAUAAACCUAAAGGGCCCACUUCUUCAGAUGUAUUAAACCGUCUUAAGGGGAAGCUGUUCGCAGCUGGUAUAGUGGAGCCUACCAGAAGAAAAAGGAAACAAGCUUUAAAGUUUGGACAUGGUGGGAUUCUGGAUAGCAAUGCCACUGGCGUACUAGUGGUUGGCAUUGGAAAAGGAACUAGAAUGUUGAGCAGCAUGUUGGCAGGUUCUAAGAAAUACACUGUUAUUGCAGAAUUGGGAAAGGCAACAGACACAUUUGAUUCUACUGGACAAAUAACUGAAGAAAAACCUUAUGACUGGAUAACCAAAGAGGAUCUUGAGGCUGUCCUGCAGAAAUUCACUGGAAACAUCAUGCAAGUUCCCCCAGUCUAUUCUGCCCUGAAGAAAGAUGGACAGAGGUUGUCGGAUCUGGUUAGGAAAGGAGAAGGUGUGGAAGCAAAGCCUGCCAGGCUAGUCACCGUUUACAGUCUCACUCUCAAAAACUUCGAGCCGCCCUUGUUCACGCUCGAUGUUGAAUGUGGCAGUGGCUUUUAUGUCAGAAGCUUGGUCAACGACAUUGGCAAAGAGCUUUCCUCCUGUGCCACCGUACAGGAGCUGACCCGAACCAAACAGGGACCAUUUACACUGGAAGAACAUGCACUUUAUGAAGACAAAUGGACAAUUGAUGAAAUUGCUCAAUCCCUGGAGUGUUGCAUGCCUCUUCUCCAGGCAGAGCCAUCUCGUAAAAAAUUAAAGACAGAACUGUCUGAAGAACACACCAUGAGCAGUGAAGAUAAGUGAUAAGUCAAGCUAAGGAAAAAGACCGAAUGACUGAGACAUUUUAAGAUUGCUCUGGGAUUGUCUUGUCUUAACCUGUAAAUAUACAGUCCUGUGCAUGGAGGAUGACAAAUUACAAUACAGUGAAAAUGAUGUUUUUCUCUCAUUUCCGCCCAUGCCAAGCCACACAGGAAGAUGUCCAGCGUUUAUUUCUACUCAUAAUGUCCAUGCUGCAUUGUAAACAUAUUCAUAAAGGAAGGAGACUUAUUACUA